AUGCAUUCAUCAUAUCAUGAUCGAUCAGAAACAUUAUCAUUUGAAAGUGAAUUUAAUACUAUUUGUUCAACUCUCUCAUCUAAUGAUGCACUCUUACUUAUUGCUAACGAGACUGGUCGAGAAUAUUUAUACAAUGUCAAAUGUCGUAGAUUGAUUGGUAUUCAUCGUUUUGGACAUGAUAUCCGUACAAUCGAAUUCAGUCCUGAUUUCAAAUCUAUAGCUGUUUGUCGUAGUAAUCGCUAUGAAUUCUAUACUUGUCCUAGUACUGAUCGUCAAUUCAAUUUGUUUACAUUAAAAUUUAUUCUUCAUUCAUUUCAUGAUAAAAUAACAUUUGUCAAAUGGACAAAAAUUCUGACAUCAUCAAAUGGUCAUAUUGAUAGAAAUGAUAAUGAUAAUGAAGAAUUAGAUGAUGUUGUUGAACGAGAAUGA